UCAUAAAUGUCAUGCACGUCUGUCUGUCAGCCAGCCAGUGUAGUUGACUUCGAUGUGAUUUUUGGUAAUUUCAAGUAAUUUGUUAGAAAUACGUGCGUGGACUUUAAUUUAUAAUAUUCGUGUCAUUUAAACGCUUUUUCAAUAUGCCAUCAAAGCAGAGAAAAAUCGCUAUGAUGGGCUACAGAUCUGUAGGUAAAUCCUCCUUGAUUAUACAGUUUGUGGAAGGGCAAUUCGUCGAUUCUUACGACCCCACAAUUGAGAACACAUUCACAAAGUUUAUCAGAUUGAACUCGACAGAGUAUGAAGUAAAGUUAGUAGAUACGGCUGGACAGGACGAAUAUAGCAUAUUCCCAUUGCAGUACAGCAUGGACUUCCACGGCUACGUCCUUGUGUACUCGAUUACUUCUAGUAAAAGUUUUCAAAUAGUACAAAUUAUAUAUGACAAGUUGCUUGAUAUGGUUGGAAAAAUACAUGUACCUAUAGUGUUAGUGGGAAACAAAACAGAUCUUCACUUAGAAAGAAAAAUAAGCACAGAGGAAGGAAGAAGAUUGGCUGAGAAGUGGAAGGCUGCCUUUGUAGAAACCAGUGCUAAAAAGAAUGAGUCAGUAACGGACAUGUUCCACGCAAUAUUAUCAGAAAUAGAGAGAUCUGAUGGACAUAUACAAGAGAAGAAUGGAUGUGUUAUUUCUUAAUGAACCUUGUUUCAUGAACAAAGUGCUUUUUACUUAAGCUAAAGUGAAUUAGAUCUAUGUUUGUCUGUGCACAGCUGUUUGCAAUGGUUAUUGAAACUCAGAUGAAAUUAUUAGUCUUCAAACUUCACUAUGACAUCAGGUUAGGCAAUGUCAUUGUAGUACUCCUUCGUUGAAUUUACAAAUAAGUUAAUGUUUAGAACAUUGCAUAUUGUUUAGAAAGACAAAUAAAUUACUAUUGCUGCCUUAUUUUUCUAUUUUCAUCAAACUAGGUUAGACACUUUUAUAGACAACAUAUUUCAACCACUGUAUGCAUCAUCUGCAAAAGAUGUAUUCAAUAUUUUUGCAAGUUUGAAGACUUAAAUUUCGUCUGUUUGAUGCGUAUCAAUGUGCAAAUGUAAAAUAUUAAAUUGUGCAAAUAUAUGACUCAUGUGGACACUGUGAGUGUAAGUGCAAGUGUCGUGUUCAGAAUCAUACGUAGCUUUCAGCUUACAUAAUACUCUUAAAUGUUUAUCUAAGUCGCUAGCGUGAUUGUGUCCGUGACAAUCACGAUAAUCAUUGCCAUUGUACAACAAAACUAAGUAUGCUCAAUCCUAUGAAAAGCCAUUGAGACCCGUUUGAUGACUAAGUGUUACCUUUAAAUUGGUAUCUCCAACAUUCCAAGGACUUAAUUUUAUUAUUGAAAAUUAAGCGAAUUACUGACUAACAUAGUAUGUCACUUAUAUAAAGAACUGUACAACUGUAAGUAAUACUUUACUAAAAGUACAAAAUUGCCUUGCAAAGUAACAUUAAAAACAUCAGUUUUUGGUAAUUUAUUUUUUACAAAAUGGCAAUGGGCAGUGAGAUAAGAUCAGCGUGGCUAACCUUUGAAUGUUAGCUGUCACUUGAGCAUACCUUGUUUUGUUGUACCAUGGUCAAUACCUACAUAAUACUACUUAUACCAACAUAACUUAUAUCUCAACUUCAGUAGAAAAAAUUCUUCCAACUAACAUUGUAAUAGUUAAAAUUUCAACAGUUACUGGUAUAAUUAAAAUAAAUAGCACUUUUAUCUUGAAUUCUAAAUUCUUAAAAUCUAUUGUUGAAUGGCACAAAGAUCAGUAUAGAACUUAUUUAGAUUUAGUAUAGUUGGCUGGUUGCAAGUUAAAAAACAAACAUUUUUAAAAAUUCAAUAUGCUGUACGGUAUUUCUGAAAUAGAAAAUAUAUGAAUAUUUGUCUAAUUCUGUUCCAAAAGUUAUGUGUAUAAAAUAACUGUAUAAAAAUAUAUUGUACAUAAUUUAGGAAAACGAGUUUAUUUAUGAAAGAUUGCAUUUAGCUUUUUUCUUUGUUAGAAGGCGGAAAAAUAUAACUAUUUGUUAUUUUUAUUUGUUUACAGUCUAUUUUAUUUAUUAAUACUGAAUAUAUUUCGCAGAUACAAAAGACUUAGACUGUUGAUUUUAGCGGCUCCACUGCAAAGGUCAUGUUGAUAACACGUGAGUGAGAUAACUUGCCUGGUUCACUAAGAUUGAUGUGGGUUUCAAUUCAACAGCUAUGUUUGUGUGUAUUGGACAAAAUAGUUAGUCUUGAGUUUAUUUUCUUUAGUUUUAAGAAAGUACUCGUAUAUAAAUCUACUUUAUUUUGGUGGAAGAGAUCAAUCGUUUAAAUAAUAAUAAUUUGAUUGACAAAUUAGUGGUAUACAAAUACAAAGAUACAUUUAAGUACCAAAUUAUUUUUUACAGAGCGUAUUAAUAUUACAUGUUAUAUUAUGUUUGAAAUACUAAAAAUGUGUUCAUGUAAACCUUGAUAUUUUUACACGUAAAAAGUAUUCGAUUAAAAAAGAAUAGGUCAUUUUUUCACAGAAAAUAGUAGACAAAAUAAUAAACUGCUAUUGACAUACAGAGCAUUGUUAUAAGGAGGUCUUAAAAGGCCACAUCAAGCAAUUUAUCUAAAAAAGUAGAAAUCAGAAUAAUUUAUUUAACGUAAUUAUCAUAGAUAAACUUGUUGAAGGCCAAUUUAACAUUUUUGAUUCUACGUCAUUUCGCAAGGUGGUAUGGCUGAGGAGAAGAAAUGUCAAGAAAUAGCAACACAUCUUUUAAAUUCAGUGUAGGUAUAUAUUACAAGUUAUUUAAUAACUUGUGGAACACAUUUAAUACCAGGCAUUCUUAUCAUUUAUGUAACCAUUAAUAUUAUAAUAAGUUUUUUAGUAGUAAGCUUCAUGUCAGCUUUAAAUUUAUUUUCUGCCAAAUUCAAAAUAUUGUCUGGUAUUUUAUUGCAAUUUCACAUUUGCGCAAAUAACACUAAUGUCACCAAAUAUCAAAUAGCAAUAGAUGCGUUGCUACCUGGGGGGUUAAAAAGGCCACAUCAAAGCAAUUCAUCUAGAAAAGCAAUAUUUUUUAGCCCCCCUGAGGUUGCUACAGUGUGCCCUUUUUAGGGCCGUUUUUUUGCAUUAACUACUUGGCCGGACAAAUGGGGAGCGCUGAAGGCUCUCAUCCAGUACAACGUUUAAGACAACAGGCCUGAGGGUGCCCAUUUGGGCGCGAACCUUUGCUCAGGGCGUCGUCUGAGACCUUUUUAGGUCUAAAUUUAUAAACUUAUUCGACAAGUUAACAAAGACUGUCUGUUUGCGCGUAGUUAGCUCACAGCUGUAUGGUCUCCCACAAAAAAUAACGAAAACUAUAAUAUUUUGUAUAGUAAUUAGCAUGUUGCCUAAAUAAUCAUAAAUCGCUGAUCUUUUUUGGUGAGCAUUAAUAAAGGAAGGUGACUGAUUGGUUGUACGUAACUUGUUAAAAUCUGAAUAUUGUAGGCCUAACAUGAACUCUAAUAAAAUUAAAUCAAAUCAAAUAUACUUUAUUGCACACAACAUACAAAACAAAUUAACACAGAUGAUGAUAGAUACAGUACAAUCUGGCGGCCUUAUUGCUAAGCAGCAAUUUCUUCCAGGCAACCAAAGUGUGGGACUAAAUGUGUUUCUAAUGUGGGACUUUCCAGGCAACAUUCCCCAAAUAAAAUAUAGAUGGCACUGUGUUGCUCGUGUAACGUUUAACUUUAUAUUAUCUUUGUUUUUGGGUAUAAAUGAUGACCCUUGUUAUUACACCCAGGCACAAUCUUCCACCCAUUAUUAUUCUAAUCAAAACAAAGAAGCAAUAUAGGUAGCAACAAACAUCGACGUGGCUUUCAAAGUCCCUCAUUAUAAUUUAUUUUAAGACGUUACCGCAAAGUGUCAACGUGAUUAACCGCCAGCAACUUAUAUGAUUGUAAAUCGGUUUAUGUCGUUAUUUAAGUAGUGAUUCUAUACCUGAGUAGCUUAAAUAUUAGUUGAUGAUAGGCCUCAUGUAUUUUAAAUUUUGGUAGGUGAAUAAAUCGUACGCCCGUACUGAGUCUGUAGCGUUUGUAGGCUUUAUAAUUUGAGAUGUGGUGUAUGGUCAAAUAUAAAUUGUUUUGAGAUAGUCGUUUUACUACGAAGAGCACGGACGUCCGGCGGAUUUACUAUGAAAGCUAUAUAACUUGUAAGGGACACCUGCUAGGUUCAAAGAGUUUGGUUUAAUUUGUACGCUAAUAUUAAGUUUGUUUAUACGCUUGAUCGUUCAUAAUCGGGUAUUUAGCAUAGAAUAAUAAUUUUGCAUAUUUAUCGCAUAACACAAACAGCGAUAGCGUAUUCACCCAGUCAUAGAUGUUAAUUUGCUCUACAUUUUAAAACCUACCUUUAUCUUAAGUUCGCUAUUGUUAAGUAUGGCGGUAAGCUAUUUUAUAUUUUAAGUAUAUUUUGUAAAUAUGACUAGUUAAAAUAAAUUGCUGGCAAUAUU